AUGAGACUCGUCGGCAAGCAUAUCGAGAAGGACGGUUCGGGUUCUGUUGACCUCGUUCCCGAAGACGAAGAGGACAUGUGGCACGUCUACAACCUCAUCUCCGAGGGAGACGAGGUGCAGGCCAUGACGGACCGCAAAGUCCACACCACCAGCAGUACAGGAACGACGUCGAGCUUCCGAGUGCAGCUCAAGUUGACGAUUAACGUCAAGCGGCGCGGCAGCCCAUACCCGCGAGCUCGUCAGAUUGCUCCUCCAACCCGAAAUCUGACACUGCAGACCAUGUUCUCGGCUGCGGCGUCGACAGAGACGAACGGCGACAAGAGCGAGGCCCGCGCCGUCAUGAGCAUCACGGGCCAGGUCACCGAGGCCAACGAUUAUGUGCGCGUUGGCGCAUUCCACACUUUGGAGCUUGAACGUGGCAAGAAGUUCCGCCUCACCAAGACCUCGGGCUGGGACAGCAUCGCCCUCGAGCGUAUCGCCGAGAGCACGCGCGAGGGUCGCGGAGCGGAGAUUGGCGCCGUUGUCUGUGGAGAAGGUACCGCCGCCAUCUGCUUGCUGUCAGAGCACAUGACGGUGGUGAGGCAGCGUAUCGAGGUGCCCGUACCGAGGAAGCGGAGCGGUACGAGCGCGUUUGACAAGGCCAUGGCCAACUUCCUCUCGACGGUGUAUGCCGCCAUCCUCCGCUUGAUACCCUUUGACCAGCUGCGCGCGAUCGUCAUUGCGUCGCCUGGAUUCACAAAGGAUACGCUGUAUGAUUACAUUUUCCAACAGGCGACCUUGUCCAGCAACAAGCCUCUGCUGGCGUCGAGGACCAAGUGGAUCAAAGUGCACAGCAAUACCCCGCACGUCCACUCGCUCGUCGAGGCGCUGCGGGACCCGACCGUCACCAAGAUGCUGCAAGGUGCCAAGUUUGCGCGCGAGGGUGUCGCGCUUGACAAGUUCCACAAGAUGCUUGCCACCGACGAGCUGCGCGCAUGGUACGGCCCCGACCACGUCGCCCUCGCCGUCGACCGCGGCGCGGUGGGCACGCUGCUCAUCUCGGACGACCUGUUCCGCGCCGCCGACCCCGAGACGCGCAACCGUUACGUGCAAAUGGUGGACGACGUGCGCACGCGCGGUGGCGAGGCCAUCAUCUUCUCGUCCAUGCACGAGAGCGGUGUGCAGCUCAACUUGCUGACGGGAAUCGCGGCCAUCUUGACGUAUCCCUUGGACAUUGAGAUUGUCGAGAUGGAGGAGCGCGAAGAGAAGGAGAGGCUGGCGGCCGAGGCGGCCGCGCUUGCCGCGCUCAAGGGGACGGGGUCGAGUAAGGGCACGCCAGCGAGCACUCCCAGGAGUUCGCAGAGGGGCACGCCCAGGCCAUAA